UGACAGGGCUCUCUACGAACCCUGUGGUCCAUAGAUUGAGUCAGUCUUAAGUUGAGUCUGUUAAGGGGAGAGUCUAAGUGGUGAGGAGUGGAACCAUCACUUGGUUGUGCGUCUAUCACCAUGAUUGACACGCGUAGCGGAACGAGCACCUCCCCUUAUACGGCAGAGCAGGACGCGAAGACCGCCGCCAUCCUGAAAGAGAAAAAAGAAAAGAAAGAGGCCAAGAAGAAGCCCCUGAUGGAGGAACAAGCGGCAGAAUUGAGGAAGAUUGAGGAGGAGAUGGCCCGAGAGAGAGAGAGGAUGAGGAAAGAACAGGAAGAGAAGUUGAAGGCGGUAGAAGAGGAGGAAGAGGUAGAAGAACAACCGCUGGAAAGACGAAGAAGGGGGCAAGGAGGUGAAUCCAGUGGUACAAAGGAGGAUCGGAUGGAGAAGAAAAUUACGGAGUGGGUUGCUGGUUUAUCCCUGGGGAAAGAAGAGGAGGCAUUGAUGUAUGUGCCCAGGGAAGAACAGGAGGCGACCAUGAGAGAGUGGGACGCAGAAGAAGACCCACUCAAGCGGCAAGCUAUAGAAGAUGAGAAAAGGAUGGAGUGGAAGUUCGGACUGACGAGGGAGAGGAAAAGGAGAAUGGAGGGGGCAAGCCAGGCGGCGAAAGAAUUGGAGGAGGUGAAGAAACAAAGAGAGCAGAUGGAGACGCAGGUGGACCUAUUGGGGAAGAUGGAGAGAAUGGCGAGAAACAUAGAGCGUCUGACACAAGUCCAGGAAGAACAAUAUCUAUUUGGUAGAGGUCAGGACAUUGCCUUACGCUCUAUACGGUUGGGGCUCAGGGACUUCGCCAGGGAAUUGACGACGCAGGUGGGCUCAGAGGUGAGGGCCCGCCUAGAGGGCAUGAAACGUUAUUAUACGGGCGCCAUAGAAGGCGCCAGAUUGAUUGCUCCCAAGGAGGAGGAAACACGUCUCCGUAGGGAGCCGGUGAAGGUCAAGUUCUCGGAUUCCUAUAGCGGUGCUGUAUUACAGCAAGACGAUGGCAAUGGAUAUAGACCCGUAGAGUUCAUGUCUGCUAGGAUGCCUUUAGAGAAGGUAGCGACAUCUACCUACGAGAGGGAACUCUACGCUCUCAGGCGAGCAUUAGAGCACUGGAAGCACUACUUGUUUGGGAGGCACUUCAAAGUCUAUUCAGUCCACGAGACAUUAAGGUGGUUGAAGACUAAGACCAAGAUGACACCUAAGCUAACUAGGUGGGCCGCAAAGUUAGACCAAUAUGAUUUUGAGCUCAAGCCCGUCAAAGGGAAGUAUAAUGUAGUUGCGGACGCUCUGAGUAGGAGAGCUGAUUACUUUGGAGGGAUAGUUCAUUAUCUGGAUAAAGGGAGAGACCUGCAAUAGAAAGUUAGAGAGGCGUAUGCGCAGGACCCUAUCUAUAUUGACCUCCUCAAGAGAGUAAAGGAGGCCGCAUAGU